AUGCUCUCGGGCCUCUGCACGGCGCUGGCGGGGCUGCUGCUCCUGCCGCUGCUGGGGAGGCUGGCGUGCUCUUAUUUCUUCCAGGACUUGUGGUUCUUCUUGAAGCUGCUGGCCGUGGGGCGGCGGGCCAGGCAGGGCGCGACGCGGCGCCCUCCGCGCACCUUGCUGGAGGUGUUCGGGCAGCGAGCGCGCCGGGCGCCCGACAAGCCGCUGCUCCUCUUCCGCGACGAGGUCUACACCUAUCAGCAGGUGGAGCGGCGCAGCAACCAGGUGGCGCGGGCUCUGCGGGAGCACGCCGGGCUCCGGCAGGGCGACGGCGUGGCCCUUUACCUGGGCAAUCAGCCCGCCUACCUCUGGGUCUGGCUGGGCUGCGCCAAGCUGGGCUGCGCCCUGGCCUGCCUCAACUGCAACAUCCGAGGACGGUCGCUGGUGCACAGCUUCCAAGCCAGCGGGGCCAAGGUCUUGCUGGCCGACCCAGACUUAAAAGCAUCCAUUGAAGACAUAUUGCCCACCCUGAAGCAAGAAAAUGUGCUUGUUUAUUUCUUAAGUAGAACAUCUGACACUGAAGGCGUGGACAGCUUCCUGGACAAGACAGAUGCUGCUUCAGAUGAAUCUGUCCCAGUGUCUUGGAGAUCAGAUGUCACUUUCAAAAGCCCCGCCAUGUACAUUUAUACCUCUGGAACUACAGGUCUCCCCAAAGCAGCAAUGAUUACUCAUCUCCGUAUAUUAUUAGCUUGUGGUUUGAUCACACUGAGCGGUGUCACUUCAGAGGACGUUAUUUAUACCACUUUGCCAUUAUAUCACAGCUCUGCCCUCUUGCUUGGAGUAAAUGGUUGCAUCAUGCAAGGUGCCACCCUAGUAUUACGCUCAAAAUUCUCUGCUUCUCAGUUUUGGGAUGAUUGUAGGAAAUAUAAGGUGACCGUCAUACAGUACAUUGGAGAGGUGCUUCGUUAUUUAUGCCAUGUGCCCAAGAAAGACAACGACCAGAACCACAUGGUAAGACUUGCGGUGGGAAAUGGCUUACGGGCUGAUAUUUGGAGGGAAUUCAUCAGGAGAUUUGGAGACAUGCGCAUUUUUGAGUUUUAUGCGGCCACCGAAGCCAAUGUUGGAUUUGCUAAUUACAGUGGAAAAAUCGGAGCUGUGGGAAGAUUGAAUUACUUCCACAAGAAAAUAGUACAAUACGAGCUCAUUAAGUAUGAUGUGGACAAAGAUGAACCUGUCAGAGAUGAAAAUGGCUAUUGCAUAAAAGUUCCUAAAGGUGAAGUGGGACUGUUAGUUUGCAAAAUCACCCCGUUGACUCCAUUUAGCGGUUAUGCAGGAUCAAAGAGCCUGACAGAAAAGAAGAAGCUGAGAAAUGUUUUUCAGAAUGGUGAUGUGUACUUCAACAGCGGAGACCUUUUAAUGGUUGAUCGUGACAACUUUAUUUAUUUCCAUGAUCGAGUUGGAGAUACAUUCCGAUGGAAAGGAGAAAAUGUGGCCACAACAGAAGUUGCCGAUAUUUUAGGACUGAUCAACUUUAUUCAAGAGGUGAAUGUGUAUGGUGUAUCUGUGCCAGGUCACGAAGGCCGAAUAGGCAUGGCAUCCAUACGCCUAGCAGAUGGUUGUGAAUUUAAUGGGGAGAUUCUCUACAAACAUGUGACAGAUUACUUGCCUCUUUACUCCAGACCUUAUUUUGUGAGGAUACAGGAUGCUCUUGAGGUCACGGGAACAUUUAAAUACCGGAAGGUGCAGUUAGCACAAGAAGGCUUCAAUCCGGCAGUUGUCAAGGAUGCCUUAUAUUUUGGGGAUGAUAAAGAGAAGACAUAUGUACCCUUGACAGAAGACAUCUACAACUCGAUAUGUAGCAGCAGAUGGAAACUAUAG